AUGAAACUGGCCAACAUCUUGUUCUUUGUUGCGCUCGCUUCGCUGAUCAGCGCGUCCGCACAUGGUGUGUCUAUUGUCACCGGACCCUCGGACAAGGUGGUGUGCGCCGAGCAGAACGUGCAUCUCAACCUGCUUGUCGGCGAGACUGGCGGCGAGACCAACUGCUGCACUGCGACUGUCGAGCGUGCCAUCAAGAACGACGACGAGUGGGUUGCCAUCCCGACCGUGAGCGCAACCACCACUGCUGUGGACGCCUCCUCCUCGAACGUUGCCAUCGAGCUUGCCCCGAGCCAAGUCAACGACGAGUUCACCUACCGCAUCACCAUCGAAACGCUCGACGGCGCCACUGUCACAUCCCAAGAGUUCUUCCUGGCCUUCUCUCUCCCGGCAGUGUUACAAGCCCCCGAGACCAACGUUGCCGCCCAGAGCGCCAUUUCCGUCACGGCCCAGCUGACUCCUUUGCGUCAGGAGCCCGAACUCAGUGUCAUUCGCUUUACCAACUCUGGUCCAGGCUUUCUGCAAUUCCGCCAGUCCUCCAGCAGUGUCAGCGAUUUCGAGUACGAGGUGGUGGACAAUGUGAACGCAGACACCAUGUUUGAGAUUUUGCCCACGCUGACGCUCGACACGAGCACCAUUCUGCUGGUGGACCAAGCGGAUGCCGACCACUUUUUGGAAUGGCUCGACGCCUUCUUUGCCCAGUCGCUCCAGUACCUGAGCGACCCCAUCGGCGCCAGCUCUGUCGCCAUUGCCCUUCGUGACUUUAACGGCCUGUCGUUCACGUCCACCAGCACCUGGCUUGGCAUUUACACUGCCGCCCAGGCGCAAAUCCACGACGCCGGCGCCAUCGCGGACUUUGAAGCCGAGUUUGGCGGCCGCACCUUCACGUUGCUGUUUUCCGCGCCAACCAAAGUCGACGUGGUUGUGCGCAACUCGCAGGGCUCCUACCUCGGGUGGAUGACGUCUCCCCAAAGCCUGACGGCCCUCACGCAGAUUGAUGCCACCCAGUGCGCGCACAAGUGGUUCCUCGACAACUCGCGCCUGAAGGCCUCCUGCUCAUCGACGCGCGCUCUGUCGCACCUGCUGACCGCUCCGCUCCUGGGUACGGCUAUUCUGCCCACUUCCCAAAUCGCCAUCAUCUCGCAGUACACGACCAGCUCGCGCACCACCAGCGCCAUCACCGACAGCACGUACUCGAUCGGCUCGGGGGCCACCAGCUCGGCCGUCGGCGUGUGGUCGAGCCGUCGCUGCCAGCAGGUUGGCACAUCGCACCUGCAGUCGCUGCUCGAGUGCGCUGCCCAAGACGACAACCCGACCUACCGUCAGGUCCACAUCGAGCUCGGCGCCUUUGGCUUUGGCGUCAAGUACGUCACCAUCGACCUCACCCACUACCCGCUGCCGUACCCCGUCGAUGGCCCUUCUGCCGCCAUCCUCCCGCGCCAGUCCGGUCACUCGACCUCGACCAAGUCCCGCCUCGAGCUGUGGGUUGCCCUUGCGCCCUCUGGCACGUGGAUUGAUGUGACCGACUCUGUUACCGAAGAUUUCACCCGCGACUGCGUGAGUCGCGGCCAGCGCCAGCGCCCGUGCCGUGUCACGUUCGACGUGCUCGAGUACCUCCGCGCCAGCGACACCAUUCUCGGCAACCAGGCCAUCUCCGACCUGCGCCUCGUGUUUGACGGCAUUGAGCCCUCGUCGCUCGAUCUCGACGCCGCCUACCGCUACUUUGGCAUCUCCGAGGUGCAGGCGAUCGGCACCUGCAUCUGCAACGGCCAUUCGUCCACUUGCAACUACGCCACCGGCCAGUGCACGGGCUGCGAGCACCACACGCAAGACGACACCUGCGGCUCGUGCGACAACAAGCACUGGGAAAACCGCCGCAACUCGCUGCCUGCCGAGGUGGUCAACUGCGAUCUCGCUGCUCCCGCCGUCGACAACGUGCUGGUCUGUGACGGUCCGGCCCUGGCCGACAUUGAUGUGUCCGAACUCGAGUCGCUGUUCUUUGAAUCAGGCGGCCGCAGCGGUGUGAUUGUUCCCGGCGUUUCUGCGCGCGACCUGCCCUCUGCCAUCUUCUCCAAGUUCUUUGCCACUGGCGGCGCGUGCGUUCUCUGCAACUGCCACAACCACUCGCUUGCUGACGCCGGCCAGAAUGUCCGCGGCUGCGACGCGUCCACCGGCGUCUGCAACUGCGAUCCGACCACCGAGACAACGGGCGACCACUGUGAGUCGUGCCAGGCCACUUGGUGCCGCUCCACCAGCCCAUGCAACAACACCCCCUUGUCGAGCAGCGAUCUGUACGCGUGCCGCCUGCAGUCGUGCAGCAACGAGCGCUGCGACUGCAACGGACACUCCACUUUGCCCCAGGUCGGCGGCUUUGAUCAGUGCGACGGCAACGGCUGCGGCUGCUCGUGCAACCCUGCCGACGGCGUCACUGGCCCCCACUGCGAGAGCUGUCUGCCUGGCCACUUUUCGAGCACUGGCGACGGUGUCGACGGCGAGACAUGCGAGCCCUGCUUCUGCAAUGGCCACAAGGGCUCGCCCGAGACGUGCGACGUUUCUGGCGGCAACUGCGACCAGGCUGGCGACCCCUGCCAGGACAACACGACCGGCUUCAACUGCGAGCUCUGCCUCGACGGCUUCUACCGCCCGUUCCGCCCCGACGGCUCCAUCGACCCCACUGACGAUUGCAUUCCCUGCGCUUGCAACGGCCACGGCGUCGGCCCCGCUCUGUGCAACCCCAAUGGCGGCGUGUGCGACUGCGACCCGGCCUCCAACUCUGAGGGCGAUCAGUGCCAGUCUUGCAUUGUCGGCUUCUGGAGUGCCACCGGCAAUGCCGAGUCGGGCACCUCGUGCUCGGCGUGCGAGUGCAACGGCCACAAGGACUAUGUCUCGAACGAGUGCAACGCGCUUGGUGGCGACUGCAUGACUGACUUUUCUGGCGCUCCCCAGCCCUGCGACGGCAACACGAACGACUUCCACUGCCAAGGCUGCGUGGCCACCUUCUUCCGUCCUUGCACCGUUGGCGUGCCGACCGCUUGCUCUGCUGUCGACUACACGGACGACUGCUCGCCGUGCGACUGCAACGGCCAUUCCGUGUCGCCCAUCGGUGGGUUGGACACUUGCAACGCCGAAGGCGGUCUGUGCACCUGCACCAGCUCGAGCAACUCUGAGGGCGACAGCUGCGAGAACUGCAAACCCAACACUUGGAACGACUUUGGCAACUCUGAGGACGGCCGCGACUGCGCCCCGUGCGCCUGCUACGGCCACUCGGCCACCUGCAGCAACUUUGGCGUGUGCUCUGGCUGCCAAGGCAACACCGAGGGCAACAACUGCGAGCAAUGCGUUGCUAGCAACAGCCGCGUCAAUCCUGCCGCAUUUGUUGGCUGGGACUUGCCGACGCCCGACCCGGCAGUGAUUACCACCAUGCGCGAGCAAGACUGCACCCCUUGCAACUGCAACGGACAUUCGCUCAACAAUCCCACCAUUGCGCCGGGUAUCUGCACGCCCGAGCUCGGCAUCUGCCUGAACUGCGGCGGCAACACGGCCAACGGCGCUGCCAACGAGUGCGACACUUGCGUUCCCGGCUUCUUCCGCCAGCUCACCAGCGCCGGGUUUGAUCCUGCCAGCGACACCUGCAACGCCUGCUCCUUGGUCGACGGCGACUGCACUUCGGACGCGCUCACUGACGCCUGUCGCCCGUGCUCUGAGCAAUGCUUUGGUGCCAACACCAUGUGCGGUGCCGACACUGGUAUCUGCCUAGAGUGCGCUCUGUCGCACGCCGAGAGCCACCGCUGCGCCUCGUGCCAGAACGGCUACUUUGGCAACCCUGCUGGCGGUAUUCCGUGCACCCCUUGCAAGUGCUACCACUCUGCGCCGAGCAAGUUUGACCUGCUGACCGAAACCGAGAUUGGCACCUUCCAGCAGUGUCUCUUUGACAACAGCCUUGGCGGCGUCAGUGGCGGAGCGCAGACGUGCAUUUUCGACCACAGCGUCAACCCUGACGACGCUGCUGCUGAUCCCCAGAGCGCCAUUCUGUGCAGCUGCCCCCGUUCCAUUCCCGGCGGCUUCUUCAACAUUAUUUCGUCGGGUGUCGUGUACGAGGGCCGCACGUGCGACUCGUGCAACCAGGACGCGUACUUUGGCCAGCCCACGCAAUGCCUCACCCCUGGUGUUGGCGGCAGCGGUCUUGGCGACUGCUUGUCCUUCGACACUUGCAACGAGUGUAUUUGCAACGGCAACAUUGACGAAUCGAGCAUGAUGGACAACUGCGACUACUCUGCCGGCAACCCCAGCAACCUGAUCUGCGAGGCCUGCCUCGGUCAUUCGACCGGUCCCACCUGCGAGGUCUGCGAGGUUGGCUACUAUGGCGACCCGACCCGUCUUGACACUCCCGGCACCAUCGGCACGGGCUUUAUUCUCGAUGCCUCUGGCGAGUCGCUCAAGUGCUUCCAGUGCGACUGCAAUGGCCACUCGAUUGCCCGUGUCGUCCCUGGCACGGAGGGUGACGUCCACAACGAUACCUGCACCACGGUUGCUCCUGGCUUUGUUGGCAACUACACUUGCGACUGCGACUCUGCCAACGGCUACACUGGCCCGACCUGCCGCGAGUGUCUGCUUGGCUACGAGCAAAUCGCCCUCGGCAACAACCUCUUCCGCUGCGAUCCAUGCGACAACUGCACCCGCGACGCCGCUGACAUCAUCUACGGUCUGAUCGACGAGUACGCGGCUCUGGACACUUUCGAGUCCGAGAUUGCCACCUCGGUUGCCGCUGUUGCUGUUGCCAUCAACGACCUGAAGGCCAUCCUCGGCAUUGCUCGACGUGACGCCGGCGUCGCUGCCCUUCCCGUGAUGCAAUCCCGACUGGACACAGUCCGUGCUCAGCUUGCCGAGCUCAUUGCGAGCUACAGCGACGCUGCCACCGACGUUCACGUAAACUCCCGUAUCGAGUCAUUUUUGGCUCGGGUGGAGGCCUCCAAGGCUUCCGCUAUUGCCCAGUCAGCGGAGUUUGUUCGCUUGCAAUCCGCUUCUGCCACAUUGACCGCACUUGUGGCCAAGUUGCCAGCUCAGCGUGCCCAAAUUGAAGCUCUCGUGACUUUGUAUGAUGAGACCGCCGCAGCCUUUGAGUUUUCAAAGACGUAUCUUGAUGCCAACGUUGACAUGCUGCGCGCUGGUGCCGAUGGUGCCGAACUCGCUGUGGCGAGCGUUGCUGCUAUGCAAGGCGAUGCCGCUGUCGCCAUCAGCGCGACCCACACUCCGCUUCUCGCCUUGCUUGACCGUGCUACCGCCGUUCUUGGCGACGAGGGCAAGAGCCACGUUGAAGCAUCCCUGUCUUCGGCUCUCGGUCAAAUCCAGGCACGUCUCGAUCGCCUCGAUCGCUCCAUUCUGCUUCUGCAAUCGUCUUCGGCCCAGGCGCGCGGCGCAAAGACGGAAGCUCUGCUUCGUUCUCACUCGUCUACCAUCUCCAGCCUUGUCUCUCGCCUUGCUCUUCUCGAGUCUAGCGUCGGAGCAAGCGGAGACGUGGAACGUUUGCAUGCAUCUCUCGAUCUGGCCAUCAACUCGAUUGCAUCGACCCUCACUGCCUUCCACGUCGCUGCCGAGUCAGCUGAAGAGUCAAUGCAUGCGGCUCUGCAGGAGCUCAAUCCCGCUCAGUCACCCGCAGUUCUCAAGCUCUUUGCUCUUUUGGAAGCCGAGAUCGAGGGCCAUCGCGAAGCGCUGCUCGAAUCGUCCCUUCAAACUCUUGGUGCUCUGAAGGAAGCCACCGAGACUGCCGUCGAGUCAGCCGCUCGUAAACUUUCCACCGGUGUGGCUGAUGUUGCUGUUCGAACGGCCAACGUGGAGACAAUCCUCCUCGGCGUGAACACUGCGACCAAGUCGGCGCUCUCGCGUUUGAUUGCAGCCAUUGGCUCUCACAGCCGCUUCUUUGAGCUGCUUGAGACGGACGACAGUACUUCUCCUCUCGAGCGCGAAAUGUUCGUGGCCCAAUCCACCAUGUGGGUGAAUGCAAAGAUUGCCAUUGGUCAGGAACUCACCGCUCUGUUGGAUGCGCUCCAAACCAACCUCCCUGAGAUGGUUUCAAGCUUCUUGACGCGCAGCACUCGCAUUCCUCUGAACCUGUCCCAAGCGCCGCUCAACUUGGAUUCCCGAGAUGCUCUUCUGACAGAGUUGAAGAAUGUUGCUGCUCAAAUCCAAUCCGAGCAAACGGCCGCACUGGGCCAGCUCGAGUCCGCCAUUUCUAGCCGCGCAUCCGCCCUUGGCAAACAGCUGGCCUUCAUUUCGGCUGAACUGCGCGGCAGCCUGUCUGCCGUUCGCACUCGCACCCUCGAGAACCUCGUCGAGCUCACCUCGAGCGUUGUUGCUCUGCCGGGCAUCGCGGAUGUGACCGAUGAACUUGCGCUGAUCCAUUCGCAGAUUGACGAGCUGCUCCAGUCUUCCUUGAGCGAACAAGGCGACCAGGAAACGCUCGCUGAAUUUGCUGCGCGCGUUCGCGUCAAUCUCCAGGAAAUUGCAUCCGAGCUUGGUCAGAUCCGUCAGCUCAUCCAAGAAAUCGAAUCUGAAAUCGAGCGACAGUCUCAGAUUCUUGACGCAUCCGCGCUCGCUGCCAAGCUCACUCUGCAGCAGUUGUCGAGCCUGCAGACCAACCUCAAGCAGUAUCUUGCCGUGGACGUCGACCUGAGCUCUGCAUCGCCCCUCGAUGCCAAGCUGGCCGACUCCCUGAAUGCUGCUGCUCUUCCGCAGUGCAACCUCUAA